AUGAUCACGAAAGAUGGCAAUUCCAUCUAUCUCGACACCGAUCUUUGGACCAGUGUUAGUAAUGAGCUCCCAAAUGCAGCGGACGUAUUGGGGGAUGGAUCGGAUGGUGGUACCGAUGACUUUUCCCAGGAUGUGAGCGACGAUUAUGCGAUACUAUCGACAUCUGCAAAAAGAGACAUUCUCAUAGAACUCCACCCAAGCCCCCUGAAUAUCUUCAAGUUGUGGCAGGCAUUUCUCGAGAAUGUGAACCCACUCACCAAAAUUAUACAUGCCCCAACUGUGCAACAACAAAUUUUGGACGCCAUGAGUGAUCUACCAGGAGUAAGCCGGGAGGUCGAAGCAUUGAUGUUCGCAAUAUACUGCAUAUCGUUGAUUUCCUUGCAAGCAGAAGAUGUCGAGAAGUCAUUCGGAGAAAGCAAGAAAGCCCUCCUAUCAAGGUGCAGACGAGGAGCGCAACUCGCCUUCAAGAAUGCAUCGCUUCUUCGCACAUCAAGCUCAGUGGUUCUCCAGGCGUUCAUGCUAUAUUUACUCUGCAUGCGCUCGUUCUCUGACCCACAUACUGUCUGGACAUUAUGUGGCAUUGCAGUAAGAAUCGCGCAACGAAUUGGGAUUCACCGUGACGGGGCUGCACACGGACUUUCAGUAUUCGAAACCGAGAUGCGUCGUCGCAUCUGGUUCCAGCUCAUGAUCAUAGAUGGCACAUCUGCACAGUUCUGUGGUGUAGCAGCAUCGCCGCUCCCAACCACAAUCGAUGUCCAACCACCAAUGAAUGCAAAUGAUAGUGACCUCGAUCCUCGCAUGACAGAGCCAGCCUAUGAGAAGCCAGGACCGACAGAAAUGAUGUUCGUUCUGGCUCGGAGUGCAUUUGGAAAAUGGCUCUUUCGUGUGUCAAGCCAGGCUGAGAAUUCUAAUACUGGGCCAUGGGCCUUCUUAUCAUCGUCAUCGAUGCCCUUGAAGGACAAGGAUAAAGCAAUUGAUAGACUGGAAGCACACAUGGAAGAUACGUUCUUUCGACACUGCGAUAAAUCCAUCCCGCUACAUAUAGCAACGACAAUGAUGGCGCGUUCAGCUAUAUACUAUACCCGGCUGAUGGCACACCAUCCUCGUCUAUACAAGGAUCCCAACAACAUCUCCCAGGCAGAGAGAAGGAUCAUCAUCGAGAAUUCCCUCAAGAUGAUAGAGUAUGCUGACUACGCCCAAAACAAUCCAGUCGUACGGAAAUACUCGUGGCACAUGGUGAAUCACAUGCCAUGGGACGCCAUCAUAUUCAUGCUCACGGGGAUGCGGCACUGGACUGAUUCCGAGGAGAAAGACAAAGUCUGGCAAUUGAUUGGAAAUGUGUACUCUGGGCAUAUUGGAACGAUGGGCAAGAACGCCCCAACACCUCUUCACAUGGCCAUUGAGAAUUUAAUUGUCAAGACCUGGCGGAAGUACAUUGACGAGUGUAACCUCAACCACCGCACACCAACGCCUUGUCCAACCAUCGUUGAAUCCUUGCUAGCCAAAGCAGCAGGAAUUUCUAGUUUGCAACAGAAAGAUGAAAACUUAGAAGCUGUCGAGCGAGGUGUUAGACCACAAGAUCAAUCCAGGCACGACCGUUCUAGUUCACAAUUUGGACUAGAUGCCGAAAACUUCGACUUCCUGCUUGAUGAUGGCCCGAAGACUUGGAAUGAUUGGGACAAUCUUCUCGGCAACUUCGAAGGUUCUUUUGCAGAUGAUGCAACAUAUUUGUCGUGA